CUCGCUCGCUAACAAUAACAUUCAAACACUGAGCUACGAAGCUUUUUGUGGACUCAAUAACCUUACAGUACUAAACAUCAGUAUGAAUCCAAUCCAUACCUCCACCGGAAACAUAACAGGCUUAUUCCCCUCGCUCUCCUUACUGGACGCUACAGGAAUCGUGGACUGGAAACCAGAAAAACAUCUGUUUCAACUGCGCAUGCUCCAACAAAUUCUUCACCUAACGUGGUCACGUGACUGUCAGAACUGCAUCUUUUACAGAGCAAAUGACACAUAUUCUACAGAAUACUCGUUCAUAAAUCUUGAUACCUGCUACGUUUUUUACUACAACGCCACAAAUUUAUCUCCCAUAGUGCGAUUUUUGAGCAACACUUCUUUUAAAGUUCGCGAGUGUCUAAACACCGAUAAAUGUCAAUUAUCCAGGUAUCGAUGGACACGAGUUAAAACGGAAAACCAUUGCUGGGAGGAAACUGUUCUGGGAAUGAACUUGCAGUCGUGCCUAGGCUAUCUUGGAGCUUUAGUCAAUCUCGUAGUCAUAUCAAAUAUUCUUGCAUCGAAAAUCCUUCGAAAGAACAUUUCGAUGCUGUUUGUGUGUAAUAUGGCAGUCAGUGAUUUUAUCUUAAGUAUUUUUACUAUUAUUAUUACGGUAUUUUUGAAUAGUGUUUCGUUCGCUUUUGUAGAUGGUAAUGCUGAGUUCUUUUGCUGGAAGGUGGGAUUCCUGUGGAUGCUAGGACAGGGAGGGGCUGUUAUCACAUCGUUUUCUCUAACACUAGAGAGAUAUCUUGUCAUCGUCUACAGUCUUAACCCAGACAUUAGAAUCACUCGAAAAAUGGCAGCCAUUUUGAUCGUAGUUUGUUGGAUAGUCGCUCUAUUAAUAACUGCAUACGCUUUGUAUUUCAAUUUCUACAAAUAUACAUUCGUGUGUAUCCCUCUCCGCUUUCAGUUCGACCCUCGGCAUUUUCAUGUUUCUAUGUUCGCUUUCGUAGUGGGCGCCAUUGCAAUCAUCUUAUACCUCAUCUCGUUUGCUUUCUAUAUUCACAUUUUUAUCACCGUUAGAAAAGCAGCUCAAAAUGCAGGCGUUAAAAGAGAAUCAAAACUUGCUAAACGCAUAGCUCUGCUUGUGUUUAGUAACGUAUUUUUUUUCGUACUUCCAGCCUUGAUCUUAGCGGCUGCAAUGGUAUUUGGAUUGCAUUUAAAAAUGGUACAAAACACAGAUAAAGUUGUGUUUGAACUGAUUGCAAAGGUUCUCCCAGUGUUUAGUUUGAGCUUAAACUCGUUUCUCAACCCAUUCCUUCACGCGUUCAGAAACGAUCGUUUUACCCAGGCUCUCAAAGAGCGAUUUCGAUUCGUUCGACAAGAAGUUAGGUCUAUUUUACCCGAACGUUUCUCGACAAGUACCCGAGUGCGGCCCGAAACUCGAACGACGAAAACAUAG